GAACUCUGAUUGGUUGAUUCUCUUAUGCGUUGUGUAUUAUGCGUUAUACAGAAGUCUGUGCUGUAGCCCUUCAGAGACAUAUAUUGAAUGAAUGAAUGUUUCUCUCUGAUCGUAUAAACUUUCGAACUCUUGUUUGUAUUUAUUAACUAGAAUAUGAAGUUCUUGCGAUUUUGCCAAUAAAUUAUGCUAUUGAGGAAUAAAAAAGAAUCGAAUAUUGCGAUUCAUCGUCAAUAAUUUUUUAUCACCUGCACAUAAAGGUUAGAAACAUCUUCGUCAAAUAUUUAUCCGUCAAUGCUCUGAAUGUUGUAAAGUAUCAGACGACAGAUAAUGGGCUUGUUAACCGUAUUGAAAAAAUUGAAACAAAAAGAGAAGGAGAUGCGGAUUCUGAUGCUGGGCUUGGAUAAUGCAGGCAAAACGACAGUGUUGAAGAGACUUAAUGGGGAACCGAUAGAUACUAUAUCACCAACUCUUGGCUUCAAUAUCAAAACAUUGGAACAUCGAGGUUACAAGCUCAACAUAUGGGACGUGGGUGGACAAAAAUCGUUACGUUCAUAUUGGAGAAACUAUUUUGAGUCAACAGAUGGGCUCGUUUGGGUAAUAGACAGUGCAGACAGAAGAAGACUGGAUGAUUGCAAAACAGAGUUGUACAAGCUGUUGCAAGAGGAGAGAUUAGAGGGUGCAAGUCUCCUUGUGUUUGCUAAUAAACAGGAUAUGCCUGGUGCAUUAUCUGCAUCUGAUAUAGCAGAAAUUUUGGAGUUACCUAGUAUAAAGACGCAUCAUUGGCAAAUUUACAAGUGCUCUGCUGUGACGGGUGAGGAUCUGGUGGAUGGUAUCAACUGGAUCGUGGAUGAUAUUGCAGCGAGAAUAUUCUAUAUAGAUUAAAUUAAAUUAAAUGCACGAGUCUGCUACGACCAGUACUUCUUGCUUCAUUAAAUGCGCAAUGUUUAAAGUAUUUCAGCAAAAAUUUAAUAUUGCAAUUUGCAUUAUAAAAGUAAGACAUGACAGCAGAGAUACUAAAGAAGAUACCUAAGAAGCUAUUUCGUAUUUAUUUGCAUACAUAUAUUUGGAAUCUCUCCAUUUGCUAAACUACAACAAAGGUUCCUUCAUCAUUAGAUAAUAAUAAAUUUUGCAAUUGACUCUUGUAAUUUUUUAACAUAUUUCAAUGUAUAUCUUUAUUAUUUUCUGAAGUUUAACAAUUUACACAUUAAAAGAAUCGUUAAAG